UUUUAUUUCGAUGUGAUAUCUGCACAAAUUUACAAAUCUAAACAAAAUAUUUUCCAUCUUGUCCUCGUUCCAAAAAAUAAACUAAACAAAAAAAAGAAUACCCGAAUCCUAAAAAUGAAAAACUUACCAAAAUAUCUAUCAGCAAUUGAGACCAUAAAUCUUGUUGCAGACGAGAAAGAUGAAUUGCCUCGAAUUAAAAAGAACCUAGAAAUUCUAUGCACAACUGUGUGUUCUGAAGAAAUAGUCGAUGUCCUUGUAGAAGCAUUCAAACAACGUACCCAAGAUGACCAUGCCUGGAAGUAUUCUCUCUAUAUCUAUCAAAUCCUGCUCUCAGUGAUUGAGGAAGUUGAUUUCGAUUCUGACGCCAAGGAAGACCUUAUAUCCACACGACAUGUGAAUCUAUUGAUCGAUGCCAUUCAAGAUGUAUCUGGGUUUGGCUUGCGUCCGAAUCUUCAUUCAAUUCUCAUAGAACAUCCAAUUUUCGCUCCGAUUCCAACGAAGUCUCCUCCAAAUACCGAUCAUUUGAUUGUGUCACUUAAGGCAUUUCGCAAAAUCCUCACAGUUCGUAAGUUCCAUGUUGGUGGCAAUCUGAGCGUUGUCACACGUGAUUACAUAGCCGGAAUCCUGACCAUCAUCGAACACGAUUUGGAGAAGAAAAUCCAGCUGACCGAAGCCGAGAGAAAGCUCUAUCAAACAGAUUUGAACUUGAUUUGGAAUGAGUCUUCAAAAUGCGAUUACUUUCGAAAUAUUCUCCUCUUCAGAGGUCUGCCAAAUCUUCCACCAGCGCUGCAAAAGCGACUGCACUUGGAAUUACUGAACAAGCUGAUGGCCAAAGGAGGCUUUACCUAUUUUGUCAGCACUUUGCUUAUGAAUCGGACAAAUGUUGACGCCGCAGAGUGUGAUUACUUCGAAGUGAUUGCCAAUAUUGUGGCUCAUCCAAAGCAUUCAACCAAAUUCUAUAUGUGCCUAAUAGACCAGAUUUUCGAGUUCCUGAAACUCUGUAUAUCAAAUAAGAACAUGGCAUUUUGUAUGGGAGCGGGAUUGCUGACGCUGAAGAGGCUUUACGAACUCAAUUCAGAUACCCGCAAAGCGAUCACAGAAAAGCUGGAUAAGGUCUUUCAGAAGUUUUCCAAUCCUGAGGACGUAUUAAGUGGACUUAUUGUCAUGGAACAUGCCGAGUUAUCCUUUUUUGCCAACUUUCUCUUCACCUCAUUCUGUUCCUCGUCCAUGGAAUGCCUGCCGAGUGAAAUGCUCACCAAAUACCUGCCAUUGCUUUUGUCCGUUUACAGUUUCAUACCGGACAAGUUCAAGGAACAAGUUCAGAUCCGUGGUGUGAUUGUGCGGUGUUUGGCUAAUCGAUCGCGAAGCGAGCUAGAAAAUAUCAUAAACGCCCUGAUCUCCAAAAAGUAUCCGGAUGACUGGUUACAGCUGCAUCCUAGAGUGUCAAUUCAAUCGGAUUCGACAUUGAGUCAUUUGACAGUGAAAAUAAACUCUCCCGACACGAAACCAGAAGAUCUAAACAUCUCGAAUGUCCUGCCCGAAGUGCUGACCUUAUCCAAUCAUAACAUUUUGAUUUACGUUGUUUUCAUGUGCCUCUUGAGCAUGAUGCAAGAGGCUCUCACCAAAGACGAUGAAACUGCUGCAGAUGCUUCCAUUGAUCUCCUUCGCAGUGAAGAGGAAUUGAUUACGUUCCUCAACUCAAAGUAUCCAAUUAAGGUCGAGAUCAUUCUCUGUUUGAGCACAUUGGUAAAUCACACCGGUCUCCGGGCACAAAUCAGUGAGAAUUCCAGUGAAUUCCUGGAGUUCUUACAGACCUUUAUUCAACGGAGAGCCGAUCAGUCACAAGGCAAUCAAGAAAGCACAGAUCACACGCUGCUUCUUCUGCUAACUAUCACUCAGGAAAUGAUAGAAAACUCAGAGAUUCCCGAGAAGUAUAGGGAUUUCACAAAAGUCUUGCGAGAGCUUCGAAAACAAACCCCCAAUGAACUAAUUGUCAAUCGAAUCGAUAAAUUGCUUAACUUGUUGGAAGGUGGACUGAAGGCCUCAGUUGCAAAUCGAACUAGUCAGUAUAAUACAGCGCGAGAUUUAAUGAAGGAACGUGAAGCACAUCUAAAGGCUUACGGUAUCAAUUUGAUGAUUGAAAUGCUUCGCCAAAAAGAUCGCGAUGCCGAAACAAAUGGACAUGUAACGCUAGCAUUAGCCUUGCAUGCUCUCAAAGAACCAGAAUCAUAUGUUUUCUUGAAUUGCGUUCGAUUAUUUGUGGCCCUAUUGAAUGUUAUGGAAUCAGAGGUCUUAGAAACACUAUCCGAUGAAUAUUUGAACAGGGAGAACAAAAUCGACUAUCGAUUGGUGGUGGGGGAAGCUAUUCUCAAAGUAACCAGAGAAUUGGGUCAACUCUCCUAUAAGUAUAAGGAUGUUCUUUUGAAUUGCUUCAUUAGUGGCUGCCGAUCGGAUAAUAAUGAAUUCCGAUGGUCGAGCUUCUCGAAUUUGGCUACUUUGUGCAAGUUACUCACGUUCCAAGUGCACAGUUUCUUUCAAGAGAUGCUUCUACUUAUAGAAAAUGAAAUUCAAACUGGAAAAUAUUCUCCCGCCAAACGUGCUGCAGUUCUUGUUCUCAGUGAAAUUCUUCUUGGAAUGGAGAACCUUUUGGACCACGAAGAAUACCUUCUCCCAGUAUAUCGAGUUCUCAAAACUCUAUCAACUGAUUCUGAUGAUGAAAAGAUUCGACUUCACGCUGCCAAUGGUCUUAAAGCACUCGGUGAUAAAUGCAAAAAAUUCCUAUUUCCCGAGGAAAAGAGAGAAAAGGAAAUUAAAAUAAUUGGAAUCAAAGAUCCACCAAGUAAUAAAAAUUCCAAAGGUCAUAUUCUUGAAUUAAAUUAAACACAAUACAAAGUA